AUGGAUUUCAAGCGCAUCUCUAUCUUAAUUAGCUUCUGGCUGAUUUUAAGCUAUAUCUUGUUAGACCACUCUCAAGGAUUUGAAAACAGGUUGAGUAGCAGAAGAGUUCGAAGAAAACUUCAGAGACAAGAACAACCAAAUCGAAGACAUAAACAAAGCGGAAAGGAAAUGGCUCUUUCAAUGUUCUCGCGGUUCGUGGUAUGUAAGUUUGGCUAUUAGUGAAAAUAUACGUGCUGUGUGCUUUUCUGAAAAAUUCACUAAGCUCUUAUUAUUAAAGUUAAGAUUACGGAAGAAAGUCGGCAAUCAUGGGCGAAAAAGAUGGAUACCGAGUGUUCCAACGAAACUACCAAAAUUAAUCGUUAAGUGGUAAACUUUUUCUUUAAGUAGUUUGAUUGUUUGUUUGUAUAUUUUGCGUUUUUGUCUUUAAGUGCAACGUCUAUUUCUUAUCUGCCGCCCUUCCUUUGAGCAGUAAGGUAUUUCCAACGCAGUGUUCAGCUCCAUGAAAAGCAAUCGGAUCUCUUCUCUCUUUCAGGCCAUCACUCAUUUGUAGUGAAUGCAGUAACUGUAGUGCUCUGUUAUUUCCCUGAGUCAUAUGGCCUUUGCAUUAAUGAGGUUGCAGUCAAUGAAAAUGGCCUGUUAAGUUAAUUGUUGGAAACUGAGUGGAAAAGAACCCGGAAAAUAUUUAUGAAUGUACAGGUUAUUGACUGACUAAUUGAUGUUUUUAAUGUUUCUAUUUAUUUGAUAGAACGCAUCCAUGAGGCAUUCGAAUUCUAUCAGGCACAGUGCUUCCCAGCAGGUCAAAGAUAAAUUGCAUAGCAUCGUUACCCAAGAUGACUCCAAACUGAGCGCCGUCCGGUUAAGUGUGAGGACGAAGCAGGCCAAUGGCAAGAACAAAACGAGUACGGCGUCCAAAGAGAAAACUUUAAAGCUUAAUUAA